AUGGAGGACGCCCCGUCCACGCCUGCCCCAGCGCAUCCGCGCGGGGGCGUCCUCGCCGGCGCCAAAUCGCAUUGGCCGCAGUUCGCUGCCACGACGGUCGUAUUUCUCCUUGUCAUCUCACACUACUUGGCCUGCCACAUCCAAACAGAUAUGUACGACAAUGUACCGGCGUGGCCGCGAGUGGAAGAAGGGGACGCCAUGAUUCUGAGUUGGACAAUCGCUGGAUUACUGUCCUAUCCGAUCUUCGCUUUCCUGCUCGAGAAGUUAAACCGCAAAUUCUGCAUCUACAUCGUCAGCGCCAUCUUAACCGCCGCAUGCAUUCUUUAUAAAACUGCCAACACGCUGUUUCUGUUCCAUGUCGCUCACUGUCUUUCGGCUAUUGGAAACACUGGGGCGCUUAUCGCGUGUACCAUCUACGUCACUGAAAUCGCGCACAACAAUCUUAGAGGUUCUCUCCUAUUGUGGGGAGAAUUAAUGUACCGUGUCGUCCACGCCUCUGUGGUUUUCAUAGAAGCAUUCAUCUCUAAGAUUCCGGUUUCUUGGUUUGCAACUGCGCCUUCAGUGCUCGUGGUUCUGUGUUUUCUGUUUUGGCUGCCGGACACACCAAUCUACUUCUUGCGUCGAGGGAACAGAGACGGAGCAACACGCUCUUUGAAGUGGUUCCGAAGAGGUAACACCCCCGAAAGCUUAACGCAGGAGAUGGAAAAUAUUGAAGAAGUUCUCAAAGCCACACGAUCGGACAGCGUCUCUUCCAGCAACAUUUUCCAGGAUUUCUUUAACAGACACACGCUGCGGUACACCGGGAUCGCUCUUGUGCUAUACUUAACAGAGAAUUUCUCUGGUGAUGCUUCAACUACAUGGGUUGUGUGUGUGCUACCAGAAAGACUGGGUGGAGACUUUCAUGACAUAGUGUAUAGCAGUGCAGAGGUGAUAUUUGUCGCAGGUACCUUCGUGGCGUUUUUGCUCUGUGACAAGACAGGACGAAGGACUCUUUUGUUCGCUUCGGCUGUUGGCUGUUCCGUGUGUCUUAUCCCUAUCGCGAUCUGCUCACAUGUAAUGAGCUCCAAAAAUGAAAUGUCAAUAGAAAAACUUUUUGCGAUUGGGUUUGCCAUGCCAUUUAUAUUCUUUCUUGCCUUGGGAAUUCGCACAGUCAUAACGGUAGUAUUAACUGACAUUUUUCCGCCCAAGAUACUACAUAUUCAUCUCGUGAUAAGAGGGACAUUACAUUAUUUAGUGAAUUUCCUAGCGGUAAACUAUAUAAAUCCCCAUUCUUGGGAAUUAAAGGUCCUAAAUCCUGCUCUGUUCUGGACUUCCAGUGUCGUGUGCACAGUUGCUGCUGUCUUCAUCUUCAAGUAUCUACCAGAGACUAUGAAACGACCUACAGGUUUCGUAUUUAUGGAGAACAGAAAUGAUAUGCUUCUUAGAAACAUGUAAAGAUCACUUUUAUAAAAUACACAAAUGAAAUUCAUACGAAUACACAUUCUUAACGAAUGUAUUUCCAUGGUGGAACAUAAAUGUGAACUGGAAAAUAAUUAAACUGUAUAUUUAAAUUCCAGUGUAUCAUAAUUCAUAAAUCACAUUCUGUUGUACUGUAUUAAUAGUCUAAGAUUGUAUUGUUUUUGCUAUAAAAUAGAUUGGUUCGGAUUUUUCUUUACGAAAAACAAUUUUACAAUGAAAUGGUUGUUACAACUUAAUAAUAAUUGUAAAAACUUCCUAUACUGAUACCUGUUGAUUUAAAAUUUAGUAUAUAAUAUUUCUAAGACAAUAGAUGGAAUAUC